UCGAACCCGUCCACUCCCAGUGCCUCCGCCCUCAUGCUCUGUCUCGCGCUGCGCCGGUAACGAGAGCCCCGAAAUGGCCACGCUGGGCUCGCCCUCCCCCCCGUCGUCGCCGUCCCGCGCCAUGCGCCCGCGCGCCUGGGCCCGCAAGGUCGAGCGCUACUGCUGCAACACCAUCACCUACUUCCCGCUGCUGUUCGUCUACGGCCUGACCUCGUGGGCCGCAUGGGUCGAGGUCGGCAUCGGCCUCGUGCCUGCGAAGAACGCCUGGACUGGCCACUUCACGUCCGCGCUCGGCUUCGCCCUCUACUGCCUGCUCAACUGGAGCUACACCGCCGCCGUCUUCACCGACCCCGGGUCGCCGCUCAGCCUCCGCAAUGGCUACAGCAACCUGCCGCAGCAGGAGGGCGGCGCCAUGCAGUACACGUCCUUCACCGUCAAGGCCUCGGAUGGCGGCGUGCGCUUCUGCAACAAGUGCCAGACCCACAAGCCCGACCGCGCCCACCACUGCUCGACCUGCAAGCGCUGCGUGCUGAAGAUGGACCACCACUGCCCGUGGCUGGCCACGUGCGUCGGCCUGCGCAACUACAAGGCCUUCCUGCUGUUCCUGGUCUACCUGACGCUGUUCUGCUGGGUGUGCUUCGCCGUCUCCGCCACGUGGGUGUGGAGCGAGAUCCUGAGCGACAACACGUACACCGACUCGCUCAUGCCCAUCAACGACGUGCUGCUGGCCGUGCUGUCCGGCAUCAUCGGCAUUGUCAUCACCGGCUUCACCUCGUGGCACCUGUGGCUGGUGUUCAGGGGCCAGACCACCAUCGAGAGCCUGGAGAAGACACGCUACCUGUCGCCGCUGCGCCACGCCAUGAAGCACAGCCUCAACGACCGCAACUACGUCGACGCCCAGGCCAACGGCCGCCUCAGCAUCGGCGACCAGCUGCGCGAGAUCCACGCGAACGCCCUCCCCGGCGUCACCCGGCCCGAAGAGGGCGAGACGCCCGCGCGCUCGCCGGCGCCGUCCAACGCGCAGGGCAACGGCUACUCGCACCCGGCCCACAACUCAUACGAGUACCGCGAACGCCAGCAGAACCAGGACCGCUACGACAACUACCUCGACGAGCGCGACAACGAGCAGCUUCCGAAUGCAUUUGAUCUAGGGUGGAGACGCAACAUCGCCCACGUCUUCGGCCCCUCGCCGAUCAAGUGGUUCAUCCCCCUCGUCAGCACCACAGGCGACGGCUGGUCGUGGGAGCCAAGCUCCAAGUGGAUCGCCGCGCGCGACCGCAUCCGCGACGACCGCGAGCGGGAAGAGCAGCAGCAGAAGCAGCGCGAGCGCGCUGCCGGCUGGGGCCUCGACACCCCCACCGAAGCAGAAUUCCGCCGCGUUGGCCGCGUGGCCCAGGGCUGGCAGCCCGGCGGCUACAAACAGCCCCCGUCCCCGCGCGUCUCCUACCGCCACGCCGACCAACCGCAGUACCUCAGCACCACCCCGCACCGCGACGGCCGCCGCAGCCCCAACAAAGCCGACCAGAUCCUCGGCCGCGAACAGGGCAUGUACGCCGACGGCGACGUGCCGCUGCAGCCGCUGCCCGCCAAGAAGAAAUUCGACGAGUACAACUAUAUCUCCGACGACGACGACGCCCUGCCGUCUUCGUACGAAGACUCCAGCGACGAGCUGCCCGCCGACCGCCGCAUCACCACCCAGACCCGCGCCCUCCCCGCCACCAAGAACUGGAACGACCUGCCCGAGGGCUUCCUCGACGCGCCCAAGAAGCGCCGCAAGAGCGCGAGUCGCGAGCGCACCCCGCGCGGCCGCAAGGAUAACUGAUUUACUUGAUAUGACGCCAUGGCGAUAUGUACACAUGUAUCUGCAUAUACCCGGCGUACUCGCAAGUCUUGCAUACACAGCGGCGUUUAUUUGGAAGGGGGGAAGGGAGGGAAACUACCUUUUUUGUAUUUUGCUCACUUUUUACUUCUUCACAUGAGCGCUCCUCGGCAUUGGAUCCUCUUAUAUUACGAGACAACCUCACUUAUUACUACCUACUUAUAUUUCUUGCUUGCAUGCCCCAUUCUUCAUAUACUCCUCAUUCCUCAGUCGAGAUUUCGGAACGGGAGCACGUGUAGCGAUUGAAGCACCCGCACAGUCUGAGUUUAUAGUGGAAGCGCCACUGUAGUGACUGCAGAGAUGAAGCACACGCACAGUCUGAGUUUGUAGUGGAAGCGUCACUAUAGUG